AUGAACAUCGGAGUGAUUUGCGCGUCUAUACUUCCGAUUCUUACACACAAUGAGGGACGUAGCCUUACAAACACCACUCUUUGUCGAUGUCUUCCUGCCCAUGAAUGCUGGCCUACCUCAGCCACUUGGAAAAUUUUCAAUCAGACUUUAAGUGGUAAACUUAUUGCGACCAAGCCUCUCGCGAGCUCAUGUCAUCUAGACGAAUUUGAGGAAUACAGUGAAAGAGAUUGCGAAAGUAUUCAAGCUGCAUGGAGCUAUGCCAAAACUCACCUCAGGUCUUCAUCUUCGAUUAUGGCACCAUUUUUUUCAAACUACAGCUGCGAUCCAUUUUCACCAAAAUCGUCCAAUUGCAUAGUGGGCACUUAUGUCCAAUAUGCUAAUACCGAAAUAGUUGAUUAUAGAUCGAGUUACUACAACGGAAAAGCGAUCAAAGUUGGUGCAGGCGUAAGUGUGAUGGAAGCUAUGACUGCAGCCAAUUCCCAAGGAUUGGUGGUUGUUGGAGGCAAUGACGGGACUGUCGGUUUUGCUGGCGGAUAUACUCAAGGCGGUGGCCACGGCCAACUGGUAUCGAAAUAUGGCCUUGCAGCUGAUCAGGUUCUCGAAUGGGAAGUUGUCACCGGAAAUGGAGAUUUUCUUAUCGCUUCUCCGACCGAGAACAAAGACUUGUAUUGGGCUCUCUCCGGUGGUGGUGGCGGCAGCUAUGGAGUGGUCCUUUACAUAAGGCGGGGGCCGAUUCAACUUGAAUCGGUGCCGAAAUAG